AUGGCGGCGGGGUGCAGCUGGAAGGAUGCUACUGUCGCCCGUGAUGUGUCUAUCGCCGGUAGGACGUAAAUGGAAAAUUGACCGGAAAAAGAGAAGAGGAUUUAACGAGAAAGGCUUGUCGACGUGAGCUCCAAAGAUGACCAGGCUCGCCGACUACUAUGUAGUGGUCGGUUACGACCUCGACAAGCGAGUUGAAGGUGAAGGUCAAGGUCGCAUUCUCCAGCGGUUUCCUGAGAAAGACUGGGAGGACAGCCCGUUCCCACAAGGCAUAGAGCUGUUCUGUCAGCCCAGCGGUUGGCAGCUGGUUCCUGAGCGCCAGCCUACCUCCUUCUUUGUAGCGGUUCUGACUGACAUAAACUCAGAGCGUCACUCGUGUGCCUGCUUCACCUUCUGGGAGGGCCUGGACAACCCACAGCUGCAGAAGGUUGAGGCCAGCGAGGCCGAUGAGGCGGAUGAUGAGCUCGCUAUUGUCCAAUCAGCUCAGGUCUUCGCCCCCAAGAGCCUGGUGCUGGUGUCCCGACUGGACUACACCGAGGUGUUCAGGAACUGUCUGGGUCUGAUCUACACCGUCCAUGUAGAUGGUCUGACUGUCCCCUUGGAAACGGUGGUUGGAAAUCUCCUCACAUGUAUCAUCCCCAUCGCCGGAGGCUCCCAGAUAGAUGAGUCCCCAGUUUGUAGUUUAGACAAGGUUCCUCAGGCCUGUGACUGGCUGCUGGCCUGUCUGCAGCCGGGCCAGGAGGAGAGAGAGGAGAGUUUGAGGACGAUCACGUUAGGUGCCGGCGACCGCCAAGUCAUCCAGACGCCCAUCGAUGACGCGCUUCCUGUCAGUGGCAGCACCGUGGCCCAGCUCUUCAGACAGCUUGGUAUAAUCAACGUGCUGUAUCUGUUCUGUGCCGCCCUGACGGAACAUAAGAUCCUGUUCCUGUCCAGCAGCUACCAGAGACUGACGGACGCCUGCAGAGGACUGCUGGCCAUCAUGUUCCCCCUCAAAUACAGCUUCACCUACGUUCCCAUCCUGCCGGGGAAACUGCUAGAAGUCCUGAGCACCCCGACGCCCUUCAUCAUCGGCGUCAACUCAUUCUUUCGCUCGGAGACACAAGAAUUGUUGGACGUGAUCAUCGCUGACCUGGACGGCGGCACGGUGACGAUCCCCGAGUGUGUGCACAUCUCCCUGCUGCCUGAACCGCUCCUCCAGCAGACCCAGACUGUGCUCUCUAUGGUUUUGGAUCCAGAGCUGGAAUUGGCUGAUCACGCCUUCCCCCCGCUGUCCACGCAACCCUCGGCUCUCAAGAUCCAGGAUAAGGAGAUCCGGGGCAUCUUCCUGUGGCUGUUCGCUCGGCUCUUCCAGGGAUAUCGCUGGUGUUUACACAUCAUCCGCAUUCACCCAGAACCAGUGAUCCGCUUCCAUAAGGCGGCCUUCCUGGGUCAGAGGUCGCUGACGGAGGACGACUUCCUCAUGAAGGUGUUGGACGGCAUGGCGUUUGCAGGGUUCGUGUCGGAGAGAGGUCCUCCUUACAGAGCCACCGACCUGUUUGAUGACCUUGUAGCCAAUCAUGUGGAGCGGAUACGACAAGAGGAGACGUGUCCGCACAAAGUCAUGAACCACGUCAAGGAGCUGGCGGAGCAGCUCUUCAAAAACGAGAAUCCUUACCCCGCUGUGGCGAUGCACAAAGUCCAGCGACCGUCAGAAAACAGCCAGAACAAUGCACAGAGUCAGACGCCGUUCCCUGUGCUGGACGAGGUGGCGGUGCAGCUCUUCAUCGACCACGCCGCCUCCAAACUCAAGACUGCACCUCCGGUGGUGAAGGCGGAGCUCAAAAGCAUGGUGCCUUCAGGGCCCCCACUGGGAGACACCGUGGACAGGAACGGCAACGUGAUGGCUAACAGCGCCCGCCGGCUGGAGGUGGUCAGGAACUGCAUCACGUACAUCUUUGACAACAAAAUGCUGGAGGCCAAGAAGUUAAUGCCAGCUGUGCUGCGGGCGUUGAAGGGCCGGGCAGCCCGGGUUUGUUUGACCCAGGAGCUCAAUCAGCACGUCCUCCAGAACCGAGCUGUGCUGGAUGACCAGCAGUUUGACUACAUUGUCCGAAUGAUGAACUGCACCUUACAGGACUGCUCACAUAUAGAUGAACACGGUAUUGCAGCCGCCCUCCUACCACUGGUCACAGCCUUCUGCAGAAAAAUGGGCGCAGGCAUCACUCAGUUUGCCUACAGCUGCGUACAGGAGCACAUAGUGUGGACCACGAUGCAGUUCUGGGAGGCCAUGUUCUACAGCGACGUCCAGAACCACAUCAGAGCUCUGUACCUGGAGGGGGAGGAGGGCGAGCUGCAAAACAACUCUGAGCAGCUGGACGCGUCGGGCACCAGGAGGGAAAUCAGCGCCCUGGAUCUGGCGUCAGAGCAGAGCCGGCUGUGGCCGACGCUCGUCAAGGAAAUGCAGACGGAGCGCGUGCAGAAGGAGGAGAGCACCGUGUUCAGCCAGGCCAUCCACUACGCCAACAGGAUGAGCUACCUGCUGCUGCCGCUGGAUACCAGCAAGAACCGCCUGCUGAGGAGCAGCGGCCUGGGAGACGUGGAGAGUGUCAGCAACAGCUACGUCACAAACAGUAUUGCAGGCAGCAUGGCGGAGAGCUACGACACAGAGAGCGGCUUCGAAGACGCCGAGAGCUCCGACGUGGCUAACUCUGUGGUGCGCUUUAUUAACCGCUUCGUAGACAAAGUGUGUAAUGAGAGCGGCGUCACCAACGAGCACCUGAAGGCUCUCCACACCAUGAUACCAGAUAUUGUUCAGAUGCACAUCGAGACGUUAGACGCAGUCCACAGGGAGAGUAAGAGACUGCCUCCGAUCCAAAAGCCCAAGCUUCUGAGGCCGACACUGUUGCCCGGUGAGGAGCUGGUGAUGGACGGCAUGCGGGUCCACUUGAUCCCAGACGGCCGCGAGGAGGCCACGGGGCUGAUGGGAGGUCCGCCUCUGCUCCCUGCUGAGGGCGCCAUCUUCCUCACCACUUACCGGCUCAUCUUUAAGGGCACGCCCAACGACCCACUGGUGGGCGAGCAGGUGGUGACGCGCUCGUUCCCCAUCGCCUCUCUGACCAAGGAGAAGAGGAUCAAUGUCACUUUACCCAUGGACCAGUUUGUCCAGGAGGGGCUGCAGCUCCGGUCCUGCACCUUCCAGCUGAUGAAGAUUGCGUUUGACGAAGAGGUCGCGUCAGACCUGGCUGAGGUUUUCAGGAAGCACAUGCACAAGCUACGCUAUCCUCAGCACGUCCAGGGCACCUUCGCCUUCACCGUGGGUCAGUGCGGGAAGAUGGUGGUGGAGCACAAGACCAAGGACAAGAACCAGUCGCUCAAGACACUUUCCAAAAACCUGGUGAAGAGUGCCAAGAGGACCAUCGGCCGUCAGUACGUGACCAGGAAGAAGUAUUCCCCCCCCACCUGGGAGAACAGGACCAACUUCCAGUCGGAGCUCGAUGAGGAUGAAAUCUCAGUUUCAGAGGAAGUGGACCAGAGCUCGCUCACCCUCUCCUCCACCAUCCGCUCGUCCGACAGACAGACCAUGAGCAACGUCGUGGAGCGUGCCUGUUGCCGUGACUACCAGCGCCUGGGCCUGGGCACGCUCAGUAACAGCCUGACUCGUUCUAAAAACGAACCUUUCAGGAUUUCGACAGUGAACCGCAUGUACACAGUCUGCAGGAGCUACCCCGGCCUGCUGAUCGUGCCUCAGAGCAUCCCCGACACGACGAUCCAGAGAAUCUGCCGCUGCUACCGGCAGAACCGCUUCCCCGUGGUUUGCUGGAGGAACUCACGAACUAAGGCCGUCCUGCUGCGAUCUGCUGGCCUCCACGCAAAGGGAGUGGUGGGCUUCUUCAAGUCCCCUAACGCUCCUGCUUCAGUGCCCAACCAGGCUGACUCCACCAGCCUGGAGCAGGAGAAAUACCUGCAGGCCAUCAUCAGCUCCAUGCCUUCUUACAGUGAGAGCAGCGGCAGGAACACGCUCAGCGGCUUCACCUCCACACAUAUGAGCACCUCCGAUUCCUCAGAUAAGCUGAGGCAGCCUAAGAUCGGCGCUCUGAUGAAGCAGGUGAUGGGCACCAAGGAGGAUGUUCCUGGGACGUUCAGCAGAGGAGCUCUUGGUCAAAGGGCGAAAGUCAUCUCCCUCUCUCAGCCCAAAGUGUCUGGCAAGGCCAGGAACCCUCCUAGAGGUAAAUGGGGCAGUAUCCGGGGCAGCGGGCGUCUAAGUGCCUACAACCCGGACAUCGGGACACGGCUGGCAGGGAAAGAGUCUCCACAGUCCAACGGAGGGCCGAGCGAGGCGCUGUUCCUCCGCCAGCAGAAGGCUUACCUCUACAUCAUUGGAGACAAGGCCCAGCUCAAGGGAGGGAAGCAGGACUCGUUCCAGCAGUGGGAGGUGGUUCCCAUCGAGGUGUGUGACGUGCGGCAGGUGAAGAACAGCUUCAAGAAGCUGAUGAAGGCCUGCGUGCCAAGCUCCUCCACCUCUGACCCUAACAUGAGCUUCCUGCGCUGCCUGGAGGAGUCCGAGUGGAUUGCUCUGCUCCAUAGGGUGCUGCAGGUGUCUGUGCUGGUGGUGGAGCUUCUGGAUACAGGCUCAUCGGUCAUGGUCAGCCUGGAAGACGGUUGGGACGUCAGCACGCAGGUGGUGUCGCUGGUGCAGCUGCUGUCGGAUCCUUACUACCGCACCUUUGACGGCUUCCGGCUGCUGGUUGAGAAGGAGUGGCUGUCGUUCGGCCACAGAUUCAGCCACCGCGGAGCACAGACGCUGGGCAGCCAGAACAGCGGCUUCACCCCCGUCUUCCUGCAGUUCCUCGACUGCGUGCACCAGAUCCACCUCCAGUUCCCCAUGGAGUUUGAGUUCAGUCAGUACUACCUGAAGUUCUUGGCGUACCACUACGUGUCCAACCGCUUCCGCACCUUCCUGCUCGACUCCGAUUACGAACGCAUCGAGCUCGGAGUGCUGUAUGAGGAGAAAGGCGAGAAGAAAAGCCCUCAGGUGUGUAAGUCUGUGUGGGACUACAUCGACAGACUCAACAAGAAAACACCGAUCUUCUACAACUACAUGUUCUCUCCUGAAGACGACGAGGUGCUGCGACCGUACACCUUCAACUCCAACCUGAAGGUGUGGGACUUCUACAUGGAGGAGACUCUGUCAGAGGGGCCGUCCUACGACUGGGAGCUGAGGGGUCGGCAGGAGCGUGUGGCGGAGGAGACGCCGGAGAAGCCCGACAGCGGCGGCCCUAAAUCGCAGCGACACAUCGUUUGGCCGUGCUACGACAGCCUGAGCAAGGUGGUGCCCGACGCCAUCACCAAGCUGCUGCAGGACCUGCAGAGUCUGGAGGCCGAGCUCGGCCAGACGGCGGAGAAGUGGAAGGACACGUGGGAUAAAAUCAAGACCACACAGAGAAGUGACGCCAAACUGGAGAGCAAGCCGUCGUUCUCCAGCUCCCUGUUGAUGUCGUCCAACCUGAGCCACCAGCGGCGCUCUCAGGGCGUCUACCUGCAGGAGAGCGGCGGGGGAUCCUCCAUCAACCUGGCUCUGGACGGCGAGGCCAGCGCCACCUCCACCCCUGUCGCCGGUCGGCCGAGCACCAGCACGCUGUACAGCCAGUUCCAGAGCACGGAGAGCGAGAACAGGAGUUUUGAAGGCAUCCUGUUUAAGAGAGGAGCGUUGUUGAAACCAUGGAAACCACGGUGGUUUGUGCUGGACAAGACCAAACAUCAGCUCAGAUACUACGAGAGCCGGCAGGACAAGGAGUGUAAAGGUGUGAUUGAGCUGGGUGACGUGGAGUCCGUGUUUCCUGGGACGUCCGCCAUGGGAGCGCCGAAAAACAUUGAGGAGAAAGCCUUCUUUGAUCUCAAGACGACCAAACGAGUGUACAACUUCUGUGCCCAGGACAGCCUGAACGCUCAGCUGUGGAUGGACAGUGUUCAGAGCUGCCUGUCGGACGCCUAGAGAGGAGGCGGGACUCUUUCAGGAGCGAUGCAACCCGGAACGAAUGAGCAGUGCCGCGGCACCUGACGGACGUCUCUGCGGGGGCCGAUCCCAGCGGAGCAGGCGGGGGCCUUUCACCACUUACGCUCUGUUCUGUUCGCUAGUGUUGAACUAAUAACUUUGCGUCACAACGUUUCAGUGUUUUUGUUAUAAAAAAAAUGAGAAAAAAGAAAAAAAAAGUCCCCGAAGAACCACUCGCUGUCGUCUCACCGCAGAGCUGCAGCCUCCCCCCCCCCCAACAUUCUGACCACUAUGAGCGCUUGGUGUCAGGAUGCAAAGACAUAUUAAAGCACGUUGUUGCGUUUCUGUGAGGCGUCCUGCAGCAUGAAGAUCUUUCCCGACCCUCCACCUGUAAACCCUCAUACAAACCCCGCUCGCCCUUUAAGACCCCCCCGGGGAGGAAUGACGGAGGAGCUGCUGUCGGCCCGGCCGCGUGCUCGACCCAUUAGAACAAGGAACUGAAAGAUGAACUUGGGGUUCGACGGACUAAAACACACAGACGCUCGACCUUCCGGUCCUCAGAGGUCUCUUCACCUCUCACUGCCUGAUGUCACCCUUCAGUUUAUUUAGGAGGAAGUGUGACGCUGCAACACGAGGGAGGGGGAGGGGGGGGGGGGGUGCUCCUCCUCAAUGAUUCAUGAAGGAUUUCCUUUUCUUUUGUCUUUUCCAAAAUCUCCAAUUUGUACCCGAAAGAGAUCAACGUGUGUCCGCAGGCGAUGAUGGUGAAAUACUGUGAAAGCCAUGAAUCAGAGAUCAAAGCAGGAGCUCGGAGUCCGUCGGGUAUCGAGUGUCGGUGAACUUUCACUCAGAGUGUUUACAAAGUAGACAAAACUUCCCUCACUAAGAUAAACUCUGCUCCUCACCGCCGUCUUUUUAAUCAGUACAACCACUAUUAACAUUCUCGUUUUUUAAGGGAUGCUGAAGGAAAAAGGAGGGAUUUAUUUUGUAGUGAUAUCUUAAAAAAAACUAUAGAAGAGAGAUUCAGAGGAGGGAUACUAAUGAAGAGUGAUAUUAUGGGAUGCUUUGGAGAAACUACAGUUUAUAGAGACUGAGUGUUUGUUAAAGGAAAGUUCAGGAUAUUUUCCAGCUGAGGUUCUGUCGUCUUUAUGCUAAUUGUGAACCAACUCUUGUUUGCUUGAGUUGCAUCUUCUGACUCCAACAACAGACUGUAGAUCAGAGUACGCCGUGUCAGCCUCCAGAAGCUUUAAGUUACAUCUCUAACGUUAAAAAGAUCAUCCAGCAUGAAAGGAUUGAUGUAAAAUGUAAUUUCAUCUGGAAGCUUCUGGAGGCUCACUCUGCUUCCCCCGACACAUCUCUGCAUCUACAUCCACCUUUCAAGAGCUGAGAAUAAUAACCUUAUCUUCAGCUUUGUGCCGAUGCGUUCUUAGUGCAUAUGAUCUUAAAUGUUUUACUUGCUUAAAGGUUAGUUUGGAUGUUUGGAGAAACAGACGACUUCCAGCUGGAGGCUGAGCGAUGUGCAGCUGAAAUAUCAAGAUUCACUUUAAGUUUACGCUCAAUUAAAAAUAUUUCCCGUGACUGUCAGACGCCGGCCCUGUGUGACGGGGAGGUCGUGCUCUUCAAAGAAACACAGACUGUAAAAAUGUCUCACAAGGUAAAACGGUGGAAAUAUUCUAAAUUAAGCAGCACACUUGAACUGAGAUGGAUUUUAUUUGCAGCAGUACAUUUCUCUGCUUGUGUGCUAUAACUGCCGUCUGCUGUCGGUACGAACUAUCCCUUUAAUAUGAGAAACUUCCUCGGAAAUAAGACUCAGGUUGAAAAAUAGCUGAACUUUCCUUUAAGCAUGUUUGGGACACGUGUGAGAGCGCGGGUCACGGGCCGCUCACGUUCACGAGUCAGAUAUGAUUUUGAGGCGCUUCUGUUUAGCUGGAAGUUUACAAACAUCGUCACUUUUUUAUGUCAUGGAUUGUCAGACUGGACCCCCCCCCCCCCCCCCACACACACACACCACUCUGACCCACACUUGUUAACCCUGCGAUGUAAAAUACGGUUCUACUGCUGUCUCUUUGUUGAACUUAAAAUUUGAAAUUGUAGAUUUUUUGUGUGUCUAAUAACUCCUUUGUAUAUACUACUCCAGAUUUGUAUGUAACGUUUAUGGUAGUAAUUUAUUUAACUUGUCUCCUCAGUAAGAAAGUUCCUCAAGCACCACUUUAUUUUUAAAUUAGGAAUUCAAUGUGCCAUUUGUUUAUUUCUGUAUUAAUGUGACUAAUGCUUUUUUUUUUUUUUUUUUUUAAAUGUACAAGUAAACCCUCAAUGUGUUUUUGUUUUUUAAAAUUGUAAACACAGUUGUCCUUACGCAAUACCAACCAUUAAUGCAAGAGUGGACCUGGAGUUAGUUUAUAAAGUUCUGGAUGUCGCUGACAGUCGCAGUAAAUGUCAGACAUGAAGUUUUCCUGGUGCCGCGUUCUGCAACGAGCUGAAUGGACUCGGACAAAACAAUCUUAUGAUCCAUUCAAGUCUAAAAUGUGUUUUUUUUCUCCUGUGUUUGUGACUUAAGAGGUUUAAGAGGAUAAUCGUUCUUGGUUCAGCCAUCUGUGAAAACAAGGAAGAUCUAAGUUUUGGCAGGUGAAUCUUUAAUUAACAUUAAUGUUAGUGCAUGGAGAAACUAAAACCUGGACGCUUUGACUCCUUUUCAGCAUCAUUUGAAUUAUAACACACACUUAGAAGUUCUCCUUCCACUUGUUCUCACAGAUGGAAAGUGAUCCUGACAAAACGGUUUCAACUCAUAAAGUUUAGAUGGAAGUGUGAAGACAUUUCAUUUACUCUCAUAUCUAUAAAAGACAGAGAACCUGGAGUUACAGAUGUUCAGCCGGUGUUCACGUCAGUCUCUUCUCACUAAACAUUUAGUGGUGUAUUAAUAAACGUGAUCGGUAGACCAAUAAAAACGUAUAAAGUACGCAGCCAACUUCCUGAUCCUGAUCGUGCAUCCAGUUUCAGGUGACCUUGUGCACCCUAAAAUACUGUCCCCCUGUGCACCCUAAAAUACUGUCCCCCGAGGAGCAGAUGGACCAAAGUGACGUAGGACUGAAGGGAGACUCCCGUGUCCUGACUGCAUCCAGCAGCUCGUCUCGUUUACUCAUCUCUCUGUGGCUUCAUUAACCACGACACGACAUAAUCCUUUUUAUUUAUUUUUCUCCUUUUUUUUUUUUAUAUUAGAAAUUACUUUCUGAGCCGGUUCUUGUUGUCAAUCAUGUCAAUAUAGUUUUUAGAAUCCAAAUAAAAGCUGUGGGUUUAAAUGUC